UGAUGAUGCUGGCCGACUGGGGUGGCGAACAGAUCAGCUAAAAACUCAGGACUGUCAGACAGACAAGAAAAGUAGAGUUCGACAGCAGGGGAGAGAGAGGGAGAGAGUGUUCCAAAACAUUCAUGCCAAUAAAGCUUCUUUGAUCUUGAACUUGAGAGGUGAGAGGAGUUUGCCAAUGGCCCGGUGGAGUGUGUGUUUGCGGGCACGGUCGCUCGUGGAGAGUGCCAGGGUGAGGGCAUGCCACAGCGGCAGCAUGCCAGCGGCCAGGGAGGCGGCGUACCCCCAGCUCACCUCCGCCAUCAGGCCCUUCAAGGAAAUCCCCGGCUCCUGGAAGAAUGAGGUGGCCACCCUGUACAACUUUUGGAAACAGGAUGGCUUCAAGAACAUCCAUAACAUAAUGGUUAACAACUUUAAUACUUUUGGGCCCAUAUACAGGGAGAAAAUUGGUUACUAUGACAGUGUAAACAUUAUCAAUCCGGAGGAUGCAGCCAUUUUGUUCAAAGCUGAAGGCCAUUAUCCAGAGAGGUUUCGAGUUGAGCCCUGGAUAGCCUACAGAGACUUCAGGCAUCGUGAACGUGGAGUUCUAUUGAAGGAUGGAGAAGACUGGCGAUCCAACAGGGUGGUGCUGAACAAGGAAGUGAUCGCUCCGAGGGUUCAGGGCAACUUUGUGCCGCUUCUGGACGAGGUUGGCCAGGACUUUGUGGCCCGUAUCUAUAAAAAGAUUGAGAGGAGUGGACAGAACAAAUGGACCGUAGACCUGCACCAAGAACUCUUCAAAUACGCACUUGAAUCUGUGGGCUCGGUGCUGUACGGUGAGCGUUUCGGGCUGCUGCAGGACCACAUCGACCCGGAUGCCCAGCGCUUCAUCGACUCCAUCACGGUUAUGUUCAAGACCACCACGCCCAUGCUGUACAUCCCGCCCGCCCUGCUGCGCCGCCUGGGCUCCAGGGUGUGGAGGGAUCAUAUGGAGGCCUGGGACGUCAUCUUCAACCAGGCGGACCGCUGCAUCCAGAACAUCUACAGACAGCUGAGGGCGGGGAAGGAGGACACUCUGGACCAGAACAAAUACCCCGGAGUUCUGGCCAACCUGCUCAUGCUGGAUAAGCUGUCCAUUGAGGACAUCAAGGCCAGUGUCACAGAACUCAUGGCUGGAGGGGUGGACACAACGUCCACCACGCUGCUAUGGACACUGUAUGAGUUGUCCAGGAACCCCGACCUCCAGGAGGAGCUGAGGGCUGAGGUGUUAUCAGCACAGCAGACAUCGCAGGGAGACAUCCUUCUCAUGCUCAAGAGCUUGCCCCUGCUCAAAGCAGCCAUCAAGGAAACACUCAGGUUACACCCUGUUGCAGUGAGCCUGCAGAGAUACAUCACAGAAGAUACCGUGAUGCAGAACUACCAGAUUCCUGCUGGGACUCUGGUCCAGUUGGGCCUAUACGCCAUGGGCCGGAACCACCGGAUCUUCCCUCAUCCGGAGACGUACCAGCCGUCUCGCUGGCUCAAGAGAGACACGGCGUACUUCAAGAGCCUGGGCUUUGGGUUCGGACCGCGCCAGUGUCUGGGUCGGCGCAUCGCUGAGACGGAGAUGCAGCUCUUCCUCAUCCACAUGCUGCAAAACUUCCGCAUAGAGAGGCAGAACAAGGUGAAGGUGAAGAGUAAGUUUGAGCUGAUCCUAGUGCCAGAUAAGCCCAUAGUGCUGACCAUUAGACCUCUGAGCAGUGGUCAAUAACAACAACACAACAUACCACAGCACCACACAGAGUAGUAGUCAAUAACAACACAACAUACCACAGCACCACACAGAGAGUAGUAGUCAAUAACAACACAUACCACAGCACCACACGGAGAGUAGUAGUCAAUAACAACACAACAUACCACAGCACCACACAGAGAGUAGUAGUCAAUAACAACACAACAUACCACAGCA